ACGCUACUAUGUUUGUACCUGCACAUCGCCGUAGGUCAGAGCUCAUCAGGGACAUUACAGACAAGGAUGUUUCUGAAAUGUCAUAAAAAAUGAUAUAUAUUUUUCCUUGUGUAAGAUAUUGCUAUUAUCGCUUCUGAGGUGGAUGUCUGCGGGAUCAUUAUGCCAUGUGGCUAGGCUACGCCAUCUCUCCCUAGCCCUCCACAGGCAGUUCCUCAGGGCUCGGCAUGUGCACAACGCUUAUGGAGAACCUGAAACGGAGGGCCUCGAUGAGGAGGACAGGAGGGAAGGGGUACUUCCCGGGGGCUACAGGUUACAGUACAACCCCUCUUACUAUCGGCCCCAGCAUGACCCUGGAGCCUCCCUGAGCAGGUUGGAGAUGGAGGAGCAGUGUCAGUCCACCGUCACCUCUGCCUUCAGGCAGCAGAGUAACCGCUACAGUGUCAGCUCCUCACGCCGCUUAUCCAGCACCAAGAACACUCUGCUGGACCUGGCCUUCAACAGAGGCACUGGGGCUAAGGCAGAAAGGGCACCCCCCUACCGCACAGAACCCCUAACCCCAGACGUCAAAGGCGACCCCCGUGCCUUCCAGACAUGCCGCCCAGAGUACUCAGCCAUGACCCUUGACCUGUCCCAGCGGCCUGCCCCAGUCCAUUCCAAGCAGGCCUUUUUCCUGCUGCACAAAGUGACCGUCCUGAAGGGCAGCAUGGACCCUGUGGACGUAACCGGUUUCCUCACCAAGCUUAGCCACCUGCACCCUGACCAGACACCUUUAGUGAGGGGUGACACGCGUUUCAUCAUGCUGCUCCGCUACUCAGUGGAAAACCUGAGUCACUUCAGCCACUCCCAGCUACUGAAGGUGCUGAGGUCUUUUGUUUGGCUGGGCCUGCCCCCCACUCACAGCAUGCUGGGGCUGUAUGAGGCUGAGCUGGGCCGCAGGGCCGUUGAGAUGGGCCUCCACCAGCUGCUGUUGGCCGCAGACCUGUGGCGCUGCCUGGGGAGGUCUGUGCCUCAGUACCUGCAGUGCCUGUAUGACUGCGCCAGCCUGCACUUAGGCCAGGUAGGUGUCCCUGAGAUAGUCCAACUUCUGUAUGUGAUGGGGGAGGGCAGGCACUGCCCCAAAGAGCUAGUUCACCCCUUAGAGCAGAUACUGAUGCGUCACCUGGACCAGCUGGAGCCAGAGGAGGUAGGUGCUGUGUGCCUGGGCCUGUUCAAGUCCCAGACAGCUCUCUCGGAAGGAGCGGUGAACCGGCUGGUGGACAGAGCCCACUCGGUUGUGUAUGAGAUGAGUGACUUUGCCAUGGUGAACGUGAUGAAGCUGCUGCGUUUUAGCUACCUGGACCAUCGGGCUUGGCUUGAGGUCAUGGCGCAUGAGGUGCCUCGCCGCGCCCCCAGCAUGGGCGUCCAGGGGCUGAUGCAUGUGGCACUGGCCUGCUCGUCCCUGCAUUACCGCAACGAACGCAUCCUCCUGGCUGUUGCUGAGCGCCUGCCGUCGUUAGCGCCACACUGUCGGAGCAAAGACUCAGGCAAGCUGAUAUGGGCUUUUGGGACCCUAGGUGUCCUGCCCAGCCAGUGCCCUAACUUCUACCCCAGCCUCAUUGAGGCCCUCCGGCAGAGAGAGGCUGAGUUCCAGCGCUAUCCUGAGCACCUCCUAACAGGGCUCCUCGGCCUGGCUUUCAUCUGUCAGCUCCCUGAGGAUCUUGUGGCGUUAGCUUUGAGCCCCGAGUUUGUUAGCCUAGCCACCAGGUCCAAACAGCAGGAUCUGAAGAAAGACUUGUUCACUCUGGAUGGGACGGUGGCGUUGGAGCUGCCUCACUGGACUGGCCCGCGGCUGAGUAGAGAGCUGCGGGAGGAGACAACGGAGAUUCUGUGGCGCUUUGCCCAGAAGGACGUGUGUCAGAAGGUUGAGGUCCUGGAGGCAGAGGCCGUGUUACGGGACCUUCUGGGUGGAGAGGAGUUUGUGAGCAAACGAAUGAUCCUGCCUCACACCCGCUCCAUCGACCUGGAGGUGCAUUUGAACCCUGUCGGACAGCCGCUAUCUGUGACCUCAGCGCAGACAUACCCCAUUUCCUCCCAGGAUUGGAGCACUUCUUCUGGCUCUUCUACUCAGGGCUGGGAGAAGAUCAACACAGGAGUCACUCUCACCAAGGACCUUUUGACUCAACUUACCAAUGGCAGAAAGACCCCCCUUCCCCCAACCCAAGCUUCUCAGCUGCCCCUCCGAAGGACAGAGCCGGAUGAGGGAGGGGGGCUGUUCAGUGUGGGAGUCGACCUGACGGACGGGCUUGUCGGGGCUCUGACCAAACAUAACAACCCAGACCCACUCCCCAGGGACUCCCACAAAGCCUCCAUAGCCCCCAUCAGACUGGCCAUUCAGGUGACGAACAGGAACCACUACUGCUACCGCUCUCCACAGCUGCUGGGGCUGCACGCCAUGAAAAGGAGGCAGCUGAAGCUGACUGGAUACCAAGUGGUGGAGCUGCCUCACCGUGAGUGGUUCCCUCUGCUGAGGCGAACCCACGCUGAGAAACUGGCCUAUAUGCACUGCAAGGUUUACGGCACCCUUGACUGAUGUGUUCACAUGUUGAAGGGCUAGGUGGAGAUUAACAUUUUAGCUAACACCUAUCCAGUGCUUUUAGAUCUCUGAACACUGAAGUGGUAGAGGCUAGGAACCCGAAAUGAAACCAGGCCCAAGGCUUACCAGGACAGUGUGGUUUUUCUUUGUAAGCUUAUGGGCAAUCCUUGUUGAGAGGCUGUUGAAUAUAAUGUGUCAGAUUUUUACCUUGUCAGCUCAGGGUUACUGGCCAAACACUCUAACCACUAGGCUGCCUGCCACCCCUGAUCAGUGUGAGAGGUGUCAAAAAUAAAUGUUAUGACUGCAAGAUUUUGAACGGCAGCCAAACAUGACUUCUGCAUGUUCUUCAUGUGUGGGAUGGAAAAAUUUUGUUGCUAGGCCUAAGCUAAAUGGUAAAAGAGGAUCUAUUAAGCGACCGUAAUGUAUGAAUACUUUGAAUGUACAGUACAUAUCACUUCCUGACUGUUGACAUGUUUGCAGUAUUCCAUUAAAUGUUUUAAUGGUCCAUUAAAAACCGCUUCAGAGAACUCCUUUUAGUAUCUUCUGUGUCAUAACUCGGGGUGGUAGGCGAUAUACAGUUCCUUCGAAAAGUAUUCAGACCCCUUGACUUUUUUCACAUUUUGUUACGUUACAGCUUUAUUCUAAAAUUGAUUAAAUUGUUUUUCCCCCCUCAUCAAUCUACAAACAAUAGCCCAAAGACAUUACAUUUACAGAAGUAUUCAGACCCUAUACUAAGUACUUUGUUGAAGCACCUUUGGCAGCGAUUACAGCAUCAAGUCUUCUUGGGUAUGACACUGCAAGCUUGGCACACCUGUAUUUGGGGAGUUUCUCCCAUUCUUCUCUGCAGAUCCUCUCAAGCUCUGUCAGGUUGGAUGGGGAGCGUUGCUGCACAUCUAUUUUCAGGACUCUCCAGAGUAGAGGUCGACCGAUUAAUCGGAAUGGCCGAUUUCAAGUUUUCAUAACAAUCGGAAAUCAGUAUUUUUGGGCGCCGAUUUGCCAAUUUUUUUUUUUUUUUUUACACCUUUAUUUAAUUUUUAUUUAACUAGGCAAGUCACUUAAGAACACAUUCUUAUUUUCAAUGACGGCCUAGGAACGUUCUGCCUCGUUCAGGGGCAGAACGACGGAUUUUUAACCUUGUCAGUUCGGGGGAUCCAAUCUUGCAACCUUACUGUUAACUAGUCCAACGCUCUAACACUGAUUACAUUGCACUCCACGAGGAGUCUGCCUGUGCUGCGAAUGCAGUAAGCUAAGGUAAAUUGCUAGCUAGCAUUAAACUUAUCUUAUAAAAAAUAAUCAAUCAAUGACUGUCAUUGCUCCAAUGUGUACUUAACCAUAAACAUCAAUACCUUUCUUAAAAUCAAUACACAAGUAUAUAUUUUUAAACCUGCAUAUUUAGCUAAAAGAAAUCCAGGUUAGCAGGCAAUAUUAACCAGGUGAAAUUGUCAUUUCUCUUGCGUUCAUUGCACGCAGAGUCAGGGUAUAUGCAACAGUUUGGGCCGCCUGGCUCUUUGCGAACUAAUUUGCCUGAAUUUUACGUAAUUAUGACAUAACAUUGAAGGUUGUGCAAUGUAACAGGAAUAUUUAGACUCAUGGAUGCCACCCGUUAGAUAAAAUACGGAACGGAAUAAACGUUUUGUUUUCGAGGUGAUAGUUUCCGGAUUAGUCAAAGGUAUAUGGUUUAGAGAGAAAUAGUCGACGCGUUAUAAUUCCUGUAAUAACUUGUGGCUGAACUUGAAAGGGGUUCCUUCGUUAUUUUACCGUUCUUGUCUUCAUGUCUUUCAUAGAGAAGGUCUUGAUCUACUUCAAAUAAGGUCUGUGUUUCGUGCAGGCUUAAACCACCUCGACAUUUUGAUACCCGUGUAAAUCUCACUAGGAUAAGGUAACGUUUGUCAACAUAUUUUCAUAAAUCCACUCUACAAAAAAAAUGAUCUAAGCUUAUAUUUAGCCAAUAUUGAUCAGAGUUACCUUGUCCUAUGGAUAUCUACACAGUUAUAAAAUUGGCAAGGUGGUGUAAGCCUACACGAAACACAGACCUUAUUUUAAGUGAAUCUAAAAAUAUCCUAUGGAAUAAAUGAAGGAACCGCUUUUCAGAUUUUGCUAGAAGAUGUCAUGGGAAUUAUGACUCGCACUCUGGUCGUCAAUUAUUACCAUGCCCAUUAUUAAAAUAGGAUUUCCUGCAUAUAGAAAUGACAGUUUUCGUUUUCAACAUUCAUCACAGGUAACUUAAACUCUAUUUUUAUUCAAACAGUUGAGAGUAUUUGUCUCCUAGACUCUUCAGUAUCAUCAGCAGACUCUUCAGUAUCAUUGUCACUUCAGAGCUGUGUGUGUGUAUUUAUGUAUUAUAUUAAGUUAAAAUAAAAGUGUUCAUUCAG